UUUUGAUUAGGAAUAAUGUUCAAGGCAGUUUCCGAGCUCACGGACGUUGUCUCGCACGUAGUUUUCUGUCCAGAUGACAUGUCAAUGCUAAUUACCUUAGAACCCAACGCAAACGAGUACUGGAUACCAUCAUCCAAGAUUCCAGUAGGGACUGGGUGGUUCGCUCAAUCUGUCAAGGACAUGGAGGAUAUAUUUGGUGUCGUGUACCAAUCGCAAAAGAUGUUGAAGCUGUACAAGAUAUGGGUACCGCACCAUUCCGCCUCGUACAUUUACCAUUGCAUUUAUUUUGUGCUGAUGCCGGGCGAGCAGCGAAAGAAACUCAAGAGCACUUAUGGAAAGUAUCGAGGGAAAAUUCGAUGGGCCCAAGAAACGGACUUGCAGAAGAUGUUAGAUCAGGAGAAUUUACGGUCGCCGGAGGUGCUCGAAUUUUUGCAAAUGUGCAAAGGUACGCCCCAUACCGUAAUAACUGAAGGCGCCAAUAUAACAAUACCGUACGAGAUUUUGUCUUGCGACGGCCUCGUGGAGCUCACCGACUAUGUACUCAUCAGCAAACCAAACGCGGAGAAUUUCGAACAAAUUAUUGAGUCGGCGUCAUUUACUAAAAACGUUCAAAUGGCUUUGUACAAAGAAUUCGUGUUUAUGUGCUUCCCUGCCAUUUACAUGUGCUCGCAGGUCUUCUCGCGCCUUGUCACGUGCUUGGGGUGGUCGAAGGAGGAAGCCUCUUAUCUUUUCAAGGCAGCUGAUGUCAUUGGCCGAGGUGGGUUAUCUUACAGAGAACUGCUAUACAUUUUGGCAGCUGUGGAGCCUACCACUACCCAUGGUGGAAUUCCGGCGGAGCUACGAUGUCGAUACAUGUUCAAAUUCUUCGACCACGACAAUGACGGGUGUUUGAAUUUUGUGGAAUUUAAACUCUUGAUGGUCGCGAUCAGAAAAAGCAAAAGACAGCCGGUGGAUGUUGCCAGUGUAAAUAAAGACGCCGAUUCUGCGUUUAGGGCGAUUGGCUUGACCCCGGGAGCUAACACUCUUUCUCUCAGUGAUUUUUUACGUGCCGUGGGAGAGUUAAAAUUAAGAGGCACGUCACAAAUCUUUCGAUCAAAUAUUGGAAUACAACAGUACCUAUACGGAAUCGAGGAAAGGGACAGCAGGAUACAAAAAACUCAACAAAUAUUCGCAAACUUCAAUGAUACAACGUUGCGAUCACCAGGGCCCACACUGAGAGCCGCAACAAAAGUGGAAGAGUACUCCUUAGGAUCGCACAUUGUCAAGUUGCAGAGGAGUGGCACGUUGAUCAGCGUUGAGCAAAUGAGCGAAAUAGCCGGCAUCUCCUCACCGUCCAGCACUCAACAACCUUCCACGGAAUCUAAAAGGCUAUCUCAAGAUUUAUUUGCCCAAAUCUCUUUGCCUAACGAAAUUUUAACUAACCUACGUAUUCUCAUGCAGGGAAAUAAAAACUUGAAACCUCCCACCAAGGGCGGCAAAAAGAGGGAGGUGUCAUUGUACGAGUGGGGCCAAGUUAAUAGUGUUGCUUUCGGGAAAGGCCUGAUUACGCUUUGCUCACAAGUGCGUGAGAUUUUAAAGGGAGAAGACCGAAUGGUUAACAUACAGGCGCCAGCGUAUGUCUUAGGCGACCUCCAUGGAAAUUUUACCAGUUUGCUGAAUUUUGAAAGAAUUUUGUGGCACUUAGGACCCGGGCUGUGUCCUUCGAACAUUAUAUUUUUGGGCGACUAUGUCGACAGAGGACCUCACGGAAUGGAAGUGAUCGCUUACUUGUUUGCUUACAAAGUGCAGGCUCCGCGCAAGCUGAUGCUGCUUAGGGGCAAUCACGAAAUUCGGGAGAUUCAAAAACAGUUCACCUUUCAUACGGAGUGCCUCCUAAAGUUUGGGGAUAAAAUGGGAAGUGAAGUGUGGAGCGCCAUCAAUAACGCGUUUGAUGCUCUACCCCUAGCGGCCAAUAUUGACGGAAAGAUUUUUUGUUGCCACGGAGGAAUACCGCCGCCUUGGCUUUGCCCGACGAUUAUAACAAUCAACUCGAUACCGUGCCCGCUAGGGAACCCUGACGAACAAAGUUCGUUGGCGUGGGAACUGAUGUGGAAUGAUCCUAUCCGAAACAAGCAAGCUUCGGACGAACUCAUGCUCGAAUUACAAGCGAACGAUGGAUUUGCAGCCAACACAAGACGCGGCACCGGCCAUGUUUUUAGUGUUGAAGCUCUAGAGCGAUUUCUCAACACGAAUGGCCUGUCACACCUAAUACGAGCGCACGAAGUUGCCGUUGCCGGCUUUAACGUAAUUCAAAAAGGGAAGGUGUUGACCGUUUUCUCGUCUGCUAAAUAUUGUGGAGGAACAAACGAGGCGGCCUGCAUUUUAGUCGACCAAGGCAAAUUACGUGUUCUGAAAGUGGAAACCUCUUAAUCAUCAAUAAACACAUUAUUCCUUUUAUUUAUCUGAUACAUAUUUUAUAUUUACACUCUCAGCAGAAACAAGUCGUGAUGUUUUCUAUCAAAAAAAACAUACACUCAUGUUACGCCACUGCUUAGUUUAGAACUAGGGAUUUUUACUUUC